AUGAAACUGAAGUUUCUUUUCGCCCUGUUCAAAAUAAUUGCCCUCGAAAACAUGUUCCAUAUCACGCAAGACAUCGUAACUGUAUCUACCAAAUGCAGCAAAAGGGGCCAUACUUUAUCCAACCAAAGCGACUGCUUGGAGCAGAGAAGUAAGUACGAUAAUUUGCAUUUCUGGGGAUCCUCAAACACUCUGUUUGGAAAAAAAAAUGACCAUUCGCUUUUACAAUUGCGCAUACGAAGUGAAGAGGACGAACAGGAGGAUGGAAACGGGGAGGAGGAAAGCGGACAGGGGAACGACAACGAAGAUGAUGAUUCGUCCACGGAUUCAAAUUCUUCCGGAUCGAACAACGACCAGAAUGAUGAUUCGCAAAACAAAAAGGGGACUAAUAAAAAAAAAAAAAAUUCAAACCAUCAUUAUUUAAGAAACCUAAAUGUGCACAACCACAAUGGUAAUAACAACGGAUCGAACCAAGACUCAGGCAGUGGUGAAGGGCACAAGCAUCACAGGGGGAAGAACCACAAGCACAAUAAAAAAAACGUGCAAGGUGGAAUGUCUAACGGUGCGAGCAGCGCCAAUGUGAAUAACAAUGUUAAUGCGAAUAGCAACAUGAAUGCAAAUUACAACAUGAAUGCGAAUAACAACGUGAAUGUGAAUAACAACAUGAAUGGGGGAAAUAACGUCAAUGGGAAUACCAUGAAUGGAAACAACGUCAAUGGGAAUAACAUGAACGGAAAUAACAUAAAUGGAAAUAACAUGAAUGGAAAUAACAUAAAUGGAAAUAACAUGAAUGGAAAUAACAUGAACGGAAAUAACAUGAACGUAAAUAAUAUGGGCAGCAAUAACAUGAAUGGAAAUAACAUGAACGUAAAUAAUAUGGGCGGCAAUAACAUGAACGGGGUUAGCAGCCCUAAUGGAAACAUCCCCAAUGGCAGCAAUAACUCAAGUACAAGCGCGGCUGCCGCCCUUGGAGCCGCCUCCACCUCCGUAGCUGCGGGCAAUGGCAAUAGCACAAAUGCACCCAAUACAAACACAAACGCGUAUCAAGGAACUACACCGGAAAUGGCCAUGUCUAGCCCCUCCGAGGAUGCAAACGCUGUACAAGUCUUUUUAAAAUUAAUGGAAAAUAACGAUAAAUUUAACACCAGCGAAAUUAUAUGCAGUUCGAUCAACUGCACUCCCCUAACGAACGACGCCAACGGGAAGGUGCCCCUGGCCGAUUGCACAAAUGUAACGUACUGCGGCGGGUGUUCCAUUUUGGGAACAUCAAGAGACCAGUGUAGCAACAUGAAAAGUUUUAACCCAGAUAAUAUCCUCGUAUCAUCGGGUUUCGUCGACUCUGCAAAUCUGAAUAGCCAAAAUAGCUUGGUAGGUUUGCCGUUUGUGUGGGACAAGGCGUUGUUCGACUUCUCCAAGUGUGUCCCUGAUGUGAGUAGAUUCGUGCAGGCAUCCAAGGGACUUCCCAAUGCAGAUAAAUCUGAGGCGUACAAGCACCUGUUCCGGCUAGCCAACUUUUACAUAUACGGAACGAAGCUCGCAGAGGAUAACAACGCGAACGGGUUGAACGUAUCCGUCAAGAUAAACAAUGUCAACUCUGAUUCUUUAAAACCAAAUGAGCAAUUACCGAAUGGAAACAAUUCCCUUCCCACGUGCCCUUUGAAUGUAGCUAAUUUCAAAACUUUUAACAUUCACCAGACGCAGUCCUUCGCCUUUUACCAGCGCCUAUUUAUCCCAGAAAGCAGCAACCAGCUGGACAGCCGAAACUUGAGUGUCGACAUAACCAACGACCAGGGGUACCACGUGGGGAACUACUUCUUUUACGCCAAAAUUGAAUGCCCCCGGACGGACCCAGCUAUAGAAAACUGGCUAAAGCUUCAAGAGACGCAACAAACGAAUGUGUUACAGAACCUGCAAAACAGUAAUCAAACAGGGGGCAAUCUCCCAAACGGGGCACAAAACGGAAACGGCGCACAGGUGAGCCCUCCUGGAAAUGUGCAACAGCCCAAGAGUGGUAAUUCGCAAGGUGAUUCUAAGCAAAAGGCGGCUUCGCACAAGAGCGCCCCGAGCAUACUUCUCCUUUUGCUACCAGUAAUUAUGUACUUCGUUUUGGUGAAUUAG